GUUUCGUUUCUGACCCAAAGAAUAUUAUUAUGAAUCAAAAUCAACAGCAUCAUCAUCAUCAAUUGAAAGAAAUUAAUUAUCCAUUACAUUCGAAUACUAAUAAUAAUAAUGUUGGUCACAUGAUAACGACGGCGUCGAAAACAACAACAAAAACAAGACAACAACAACAACAACAAUCAAAAUCAAAAUCCUGUAAACCACGUAAACCACCACCACCAUCAAAAUGUCGAAUUUGUUGUCGAAAAUUUUUCGCAUUUCUUUUAUCAAAUGUUGGACUUUGUGUAUUGGUUGUUGCCUAUUCAGUUGGCGGUGCAUUCAUGUUUCGUGCCAUUGAAUCACCAUUCGAAGUGCAAACAGUUAAACAGGUGAAUGAAUUACGUAAUAAGAUUAUUUUGAAUCUUUGGAAUAUAACAUACAAUACAAAUAUUUUGUAUCAUGAAAAAUGGAAUGUCCAAGUAACCGAUACGAUAAAAUUAUUUCAACGUGAAUUAUUGAAAUCAAUCAAAGAUGGUUAUGAAGGACAACAAAGUGAAGGUCGUGAACAAUGGUCAUUUUCUGGUGCAUUUCUAUUUAGCCUGACAGUUAUUUCAACUAUUGGUUAUGGAAAUAUUAGUCCACGUACGGAUCGUGGAAAAUUAAUGACCAUAUUGUAUGCCAUUAUUGGCAUACCAUUAAUGUUAUUAUAUCUUACUAAUAUUGGUGAUAUUUUAGCCAAAUCAUUUCGUUAUGUUUAUGGUGGCCUAUGUUCAUGUAAACAAUCAUCGACCACAUUGAAACAAAGAAAUCGUUUAUUAUUACAACGUGCAGUAUCUGCUCCAACUGGAAUCUAUAGUAUGACCAAUCAUACCAGUCAAUUGACACCGGAAAUAGGUGUUGGCGUUGGUUUUAGUUAUGAUCCAACAACAAUGACAAUGAUGACUACAUCGGCACCACCAUCAACUACUACAAUUAAAUUCAAAGAAAAUAAUCGUGUCCAUGUACCGAUUACACUUUGCCUUUUAAUACUUGCCAGUUAUGUUUGUGGUGGUGGCCUUUUGUUUUCUAUUUGGGAAAAUUGGAACUAUUUGGAUGGAUCAUAUUUUUGUUUCGUAACAUUAAGUACAAUUGGUUUCGGUGAUCUUGUGCCCGGUGCAUCCGUUGUUGAAAGUUCAGGUUCACAAGAAAAAUUAGUCAUAUGUAGCCUAUAUUUAUUGGCCGGUAUGGCAUUAUUAGCCAUGUGUUUUAAUCUAAUGCAAGAGGAAGUGAUACAUAAAGUUAAACAAUUAGGACGACAUUUAGGUAUUGUCAAUGAUGAUUAUGAUGAUCUAGAUAAUAUUGAAUUUACAAUCGAUCAAACUGCUUAACCAUCUAUCUAUCUAUCAAUCAAUCAAACGUAUUGUUGUUUUUUGACCAUUUUUUUUUCUC